AUGGUAAAGAUUGCAAUAAUUACUUACUCCACCUAUGGACACAUAGAUAUUUUGGCGCAAGCUGUCAAGAAAGGUGUAGAAACAGCCGGUGGUAAGGCCGAUGUAUACAGGGUCGAGGAAACUUUGCCUGAUGAAGUCCUCGCUGAAAUGAAUGCUCCUCAAAAACCUGAAGACAUACCUGUUGCUACUGAAAAAACAUUGCUUGAAUACGAUGCCUUUUUGUUUGGUGUUCCAACCAGAUUUGGUAAUUUACCAGCUCAGUGGUCUGCCUUUUGGGAUAAAACCGGUGGGUUAUGGGCAAAGGGUUCUUUAAGUGGUAAAGCUGCUGGUAUAUUUGUGAGUACGUCCAGUUACGGUGGUGGUCAAGAAAGUACCGUUAAAGCCUGUUUAUCUUAUUUAGCUCAUCAUGGUAUCAUCUUCUUACCAUUGGGUUACAAAAAUUCCUUCGCUGAACUGGCCAGCUUGGAAGAAGUUCACGGUGGCUCUCCAUGGGGUGCUGGUACUCUCGCUGGUCCUGACGGUUCAAGAACUGCUUCUCCUUUAGAAUUAAGAAUUGCUGAAAUUCAAGGUAGAACAUUUUACGAAACUACAAAAAAACUUUUCCCUACGAAAGAAGCUAAGCCUUCCGCUGAAGUGAAGGCUGCGGCAUCUGGCGCCAAAAGACAAACCAAGCCUGCUGCUGCCACUACAACUGCAGAAAAAAAGGAAGAUAAGGGGUUAUUGUCUUGUUGUACUGUUAUGUAA